AUGUUUAAGAUGCAUAUGCGAUCCGCUACUGGCCGUGUACCUUCGGGCCGUGCUGAUCACAGAGGGAACAAAACUUAUUCAGUGAAUCCGUUGGAGACCGAUAUCGAUCAAUCGGAGAUAUCCGAACCGCAUUCAUCUCCCCCGAUUGGCUCCUCUGCACCAACAAAAUCGACAGUCAUCACCGGGGUGUCGGAAAACAAAUUGGAUUGUGCUCUGGCUUCAUCCACGUCGACCACCACCACCACCACCACCACCACCACGACUUCAACUGUUCUCAGAGAACCCAACGUAGACAACUCUUCAGAAUUAGUUGCACAAAAGGGUCCAUCGAAAUCAACGACCCAACCGGAAGUGUUUCAAUUUGUCCAAUUACUCGCGACCUCUCUGGUGACUGUCACCACAAAUAACAAUCCUUCCGAAUGCUCGGUUUCCUCGCAACCAGCACUGACUGUCCAGUCGGACUCCGGUAGCAGCAUGUAUACGUUGGUCAGCGGUGAAUCGUCCGAAUUGGUCACCUGUCAUGAGACUGAUAUGCCUCUGAUGAACGCCGAGGAUUCAAACGAACCAUUGAAUGACUCCGAAUCUUUGGGCCCGGUCUACGUAGUCGAUUUGUCCGAUCUGGAUCCAUCGAACGGACUUCUGGAAGCGACUACCUCAUUGAAUCAGCAUGACGAGGAUGAUUGUGUUCCUGCCGAUGUCGGACUCGAUAUCGAGCAGGUUCGUACGCCGGAUAGUGAUUCUGUCCCGCAUUAUUUAAACUAUUCGGAUUCACGUCACACGUCACGUACAUUGAACACAACUCUGCCGAUACAGACAACAUCGCCUAAAUCCACUGCUGAAGUAGAUAGAUCGAAUCUGUGGACGAAUUCGGGACAGAAUGGCGAUUCCAAUUUGUGCUUUAUAUUCAAUCAGACUGAUUCGGUAGUGCAGCUGUUAAAUACGGACCCGAAUAAAGUCGCACACGCAGAUGAUGAUGAGAAGUCAUCCCUGAACGUGGAAGAACACUUGGAUCCGAUGGACAAUGACUCUCCUGGGGAUUCAGGAUCAAAUGUGGGGGAUACGGUUGCACGGAUUAGUUCACAAAACCUGUUCGGCUCGUAUCCGUCUUCUCCGAUACUGGUCGACAAAUCUGGGGCCAGAGAUGGGAUUUGGCGUCCGGUUGAAUCACUUGAUGUGGAAACAAGUUGUUCGAGGUCCGACAAAGAUGUGCCUGGUGGACAGUUUGAUCAAUCGGACUUCGUCACCUUUGAUUGCAAUAUCUUAUUGAAUUCCGGUGAACCUGGUGUCUUGGGAGCGGAUGGGAUCUCCCACUCUCCACGAUUCCCAUCUCCUGUCCCGGAAACAAACUCUCCCAGGACCAUGCUUUAUUCAAGUCCACCUAUUCCACGAAACCAGUCGGGCUAUUCGUUUUCUGCUACGUUACGUAGUGAUAUCGACGAUACCAACGUCACUGGUGCCAUCUCAGACUCAGGCAUGCCGAAAUCUCCAUACGAGUUCGGUCAAGUUCUGCUCACCGACGAGAGCAAUCCGUGUUCUGUACAGAAUGUAUCACAAUUCCUACCGUUGAUAUGGUGCUAUGGUGGAUCAACUAAUUUGACCACCUCGGUUUCCAUUCCCGACACGCAUCAUAUAUAUACGACGGCGACAUCACCGGGGGAAUUUACCACCGGAACUGAUCAGUGCUCGAAUUUCUCAGUGGGCUACCUUAUUGGUCAAAACAGAGUUCCCGAUACCUCGAAUACACACGACCUAACCGAUUAUCAAUCUACUCUUCCCGAUUGUGGACAAAACACUGCCAUCGCUACCACCACUUCAGCGACCAACUCCGUCCCAUCGACCGCUCCAAUCUUAACAACAGAGAUCACGACAUCUGUUUGCUCUCCUAGCACUUCUACCUAUUUGGACUUUGGUGUAACUAUGCCUUGA